AUGCCUUUUUAUGCAGUGAACAGUCUAAUGCCAUCUGACUUGUGGUCUGAGGUCAAGAAAGCCACCAAGAUCCUGAGAGGAUUCACUGAAAUCUCAUCUGGUAAUGGGCUGGACAAACUCAUUCCAGCCAAUGUAAUCGCGUCGGCUGAGGGGCUCGCCAUCAUCUCCGUGGUGAAGGCUGGCUUCGUGAUCACUGCAAGAGGAGGCAGCGGAAUUGUCAUCGCCAGGCUGGGUGACAGACGUUGGUCGGCUCCUUCUGCAAUUGGCAUUGCUGGCCUUGGUGGCGGCUUUGAAAUUGGUGUGGAGGUGUCUGACCUGGUUAUAGUCUUAAAUCAUCGGCGAGCCAUUGAUGCGUUCACAAAGGGUGGGAACUUGACACUGGGUGGAAACUUUACAGUUGCUGUGGGUCCGGUGGGCAGGAACGUUGAGGCAGAUGUUACUCUUCGCAAAAUGGCUGCCGUCUACACCUACUGCAAGUCCAGAGGGUUGUUUGCCGGCUUGUCUCUGGAAGGCUCGUACCUGAUUGAACGCAAAGAAACAAACCGCAAGUUCUACUCGCGGGAAUUGCGAGCGUCUGGCAUUUUGAAUGGCGACGUGGAGCCACCACAGGAGUGCGACAGUCUUUAUCAUAUGUUGAAUGCAUACACAGAAGGCCAAGAUACAGACUUUAGUCGCAAGCCUGUCAUCACAAAGUCAUCGCGUCCUCCUGGCAGACCUCCAGCUCCUACGGCACGGGGAGCAGUCAGCGCUUAUGAGAACCCAGAUAAUCUUGGUGCAGUAGGAAAAAAGUCACUAUACCCAAGUAUCUCCAUCUACAAAUCUGAAACUUCAAGUGAGUUGAUCUUCAGAGGCGUGCCAGCGGACGGAGCCAGUGAAACCCUGGUGGUCACUGCAGUGCACCCAUUUACAGGCCAACAGCCUGGAGACCUUAGCUUCCAGCCUGGCGACCGCAUCACCAUUAUUACCAAGACCGAGAGCCAGUACGACUGGUGGGAGGGGCAAUUGGGUGGGAAAAGAGGCAUGUUUCCAGCAAACUACGUCACAUACUGA